AUGGAAAUGUUUUCAUUUGCAUUCCCAAACCCGUGUGCUUCCUCGUUUCCUGAGGACCCUAACCCCAAUUUGCAACGCGUGGACUUGGAGGCACUUCCCAGUCCCAUUGAGGCAGCAGGUAAGUGCAUGUGUUGUGGACAGGCGCCGAGCUUGGGGCUCACGCCGAGCCAGGAGGUCAAAGACUUUGUACAUGCGUGCCGCAAGGCUCUCUUGACGGGACAUCGAGAGCAGCUCCUCACUGCCAUGAGUGAUGUUAUGAGCUAUUGCCCAGACUGCUUGUGUCAGUGGGCAGCCGACCAUCGCACAGACCGGCAGCCCCUUGCUGUUCGUGCCACAUUGUCCGGGCCGGCCUACUUCUUUGCUUGUGAGGAGGAACAGGACUUGGAUGUGCAAGAUGAAGUUUUCAGUGUGCCCUUGAUUACUCAUGUGUCACAGGCGCAAGCUGUUGCUGGGUUCUUUGAUGGUGUGCGGACUGGAGUCCCGUCUUCACGCAGAGCCCGGCGGCGAUACAACCGCAGACUUCGCCUUGCAUCAAUAGAGCCCCUUCGGGGAGCCCCCAAGACCCCGGCGGAGGAGGUUAUGACCGGGAGUUGGACGUAUUCUCAGGAGGAGGUUGGCCGCUGGCCCGGGGGUCUUGGGGGACCUGUGGAUGACGAUAGCUCGCAAAACCUGUUGGAUCCCAGCCCGGCACGCGACACUCAGCAGUCGCUGGAAUUUUGCAAGGUGCAUCCCGAAGGGUCGGAUAAACAUGAGAUGCAACCCGAUGUGCGCCCCGUGGCUGCACUCGGGAACGUGCAAACUGUGGCGAUUCGUCACCAUUUUCAGGUGCCUGCAAGACAUGAUUUGCCACCCGAUGUGCGCCCUGAUGGCGGCACUCGGAAGCUUUGGUCGCGUGAUGCCAUGAGCUCCACGACCUUCAAAAGCUCCAGCAAACAUUCACUUUGGAACGACGUCAAAAUUGGCCUUGCAAAUGCUGAUGAGCCAGCCGUUUUGGAGGCGAUCUCCCGGUUGGAAGACACAGGCUUGCUGCAAGAGCAAACUUUUGAAUGGAACGCCGCCGAACUGGUCAUGGAUUCACUUCAUGGAGAAUGUGGCCCAGCGGCACAAUGGGCCGUGGAGGACGUUUUGGCAAACCUGCAGUGCCGCCCCAGCAGGCAACCGGUUCGCAUCACAUGUCUUAAUGUCACCAAAUGGCGUAAAGAGCUGGCUAGUUGGAUUGCGAAUUUAAGCCCGGACCUCGCCCUCCUUCAAGAGACCCACCUUGAUGCUAAAGAUGGCAGCCUUCUUGCUGCCCAUGCUGGGGUGUUCGGGUAUGAGGUCUUUCAGUGCCCGGCUGUGGCCACGGGCAAAGGGGGCAACACCGGGGGAUUGGCAAUCUUGCACCGGAGACACCUCGAUGUGUCGCAAAUCACCAGCCACCUCGUUGAAGGUAAUGGUUACCAAGCCGCCAUGUUCAGGGUAAAAGGCUUUGAUCUUUACGUUGUCAACGUGUACUUGAAAUCAGGCGAGGGUUUCCAGAGUAGCACCAAUGCCGGCAUCAUUGCAUCGCUUCUUUCCUUUGUCCGAUCCAUCAGAGGUGCCUUUGCGAUUUUGGGUGACUUUAAUGAUGACUUUGAAACCCUAAGCUCCACCCAUAUUGGGGAGGAGGCGCGUGCGGUGUGGGUCGGACCAGGCACGUCCACCUGUUCUGGCGGAGGCCAAAUUGAUUUUGGUUUAAUUUCGAAUAGCCUGGCAACUUGUGCUGCGGUGCAGCUGGACUGGAACACCCCGUCAAGGCCGCAUGCAGCUUUGCAUUGGCAGCUUGAUGUUGCCCUGUUGCAUCAAAAAAUGCCGCAGCUCAAGGGUUUCAAGCCUGCGCAGCUCGAUUCACAGCCUUUUCAGCUAAGCACAGUCAGGCCAGAGGUCACCAUCUUAGACGAGCAGGUUACAGACGAUAUGACAAUUGAUUUUGCGGCUCUAAGCUGUGCUGUUGAAAUGUCAGUUUAUGGCCAGGCCCAGGGAAGAGGAGCCAACAUUCUUUUGCAUCGUGCGCCAUUGCCUGUGCAGGGCGCUCCCAAUGCUGGUUGGGGAGGUAAGGCUUCGGCUUUCUGGUGCAGAUUCUUAGGUUGGAUCAAAGCUGUGCGCAACUCGGGUUGGCAUGUUAGUGGUUUCGGGCAGCAAGCAGGGAACCAGCUCAAAGAUGUAUGGUAUGGUGAUGCGACCUCCUUACAGGCUUUUGCCAGCGCGCUUGCAAAUGCCAGUCAACAAUGCGACCCUGCGGCUCUCCUUGCAUUGGAACCUGAAGCCACCGCGCAACACAGGCAUCACACCGGGGCUUUUAAGCAGGCUAACACUAAACAAUACACCAAGUGGCUGAGUGCUGCCUUGGUAAAAGGUAUGAAGCCUUUGUACAAAUGCCUCAAAAGUACGGAAUCCCCUUGUGAUAGACCCUUUCGAAAUCUUUCAUUGCAAGAUAGAGUGUACCAAAGAUGGAAGCAGUGGCACGACAUUUGGUGCCAGCCGGUCACUACGGACCCGCAUUUGUUGGCAGAGGUCAAAGCAAGAGCUAUCGAUCAAGCCAAGCAUUUGCCGCCCAUAAAUUUUGAGAAGGCUGUAAAACUUUUCAAAAAGUUUCCAGCGAAGGCUCCUGGGGCCGACGGCUGGACGGCACAGAUGCUAAACAACUUGAGCGAAGAGGCAGUCCGGGCUGUUAUUGAUUUCAUGCACGCUUGCGAGGCUAGUGCAGAGUGGCCAGCACAGUUUGCCAUUUCCUUGAUAGCUUGCCUGCCCAAAAGCACACUCCGCGAGAGGCCAAUAGCCUUGCUCCAUGUGCUUUACCGCUCAUAUGUGCGCCUCCGUUUCUCCUUGAUAAACCAGUGGCAGCAGGAGUAUGCUAAUCAAUGCCACUGGGACCGCUCCCUGCCGGGAGGAGCCGUACUAGACGUCGCGUUGGGGAGACUGGUCCGGGGGGAGUGUACUCGGCACCACCGGUUACACAUGGUAACACUCUUUUUAGAUUUAGAAACCUUCUUCGAUCGUUGCCGGUUCGAUGAAAUGUUCCGGGCGGGACUCAAGUUGGGCUAUCCGCCCAUCAUUUUACACCAGGCAUAUCUGGUUUACAGUGGAGCCAGGUACCUACAGGCCGAAGGCACGGUCGCACCGGUCAUAAAGGCCAAUACCGGACUCUUGCCAGGGUGCCCUGCGGCACCAUCGAUAGCCAAACUCAUCAUGCAUGAUGUUGCGGCUGAGCUUAGUGUCAAACCAGGAGCGUCCAACUUGGAUGUUUGGAUAGAUGAUCUUAGUCUUGAUACGGUUACCGCAGCUCCCAAGCAAACUGCCAGCAUUGCUUUGCGCUUGUUUCGAGGUCUUCGCAAAUCCCUGGAGGCCAGGGGUGCACAAGUUGCCAUCAGCAAAACUUCUUUUGUUGCCACGUCGUCUGAGGCUUGCAAGGCUUUGAAGGCAAUAUGCCAGCCGGAUGAUCCGGCCAUCAAAAAUUUCGCCCGCGACCUAGGUGUCACUUCCGGGGGCACUCGAAGACGGCUGUUAGGUUUAGCGGCAACCAGACAGGCCAAGGCACAAGCCCGUAAUAAAAAACUCUGUAGUCUCAGGGUGCCCUUUGUGUCUCAUAAGAUUAGGGUGGUCAAAGCUUCAAUCAUGUCAGCGGGCCUCUGGGGCCACCAGGCCCUUGGGGUGAGCCCCAAGCGGCGCAAGUACUACCGCGCCAUUUGCAGCAAACAUGCUGGCCGACAAAAACUAGGAUCGGUUGAUCUGACUUUUGCCUUGAAUCCUGCCAAGUGCGAAGACCCGACUUUCACCAUCAUGCGGCAGCAUAUUAGGGCUGUUUUCCGUGUCUUUAAAAAGUGGCAUCGUGAGGAUGGGCAAAAAUUCGCCAGCACUUGGAAAAGCAUUUGGAAUCACUUGUCCAAAGCAAAAGACCAUUGGAAGAGAGUCACCGGACCAAUUGCUGCCACCCAAGCGUACUUGAUUGAGUUGGGUGUGGAAUGCUCACACGGCAUGCCAAAGGGAACCUUCAGCUCGACUGGACCAAUUCUGAUGUCAUCCGCAGCGGCUGGGAGUGGGUGCAUAAAUUACUGCUACACCAGCAAGGGCUUCGCAUUGCCCAGCAAGAAGGUUGUGGUUCGCUCGAUCAGGGCACUGACUUCACUGUCCACCGCAAGUUGUUGA